UAACGGGUGAAAGGUAGUGGGCGGGCAUGUCCUCAACUACCGUACCCACCAUUCCCUGCAAAAGCGAGCAUGUCGACAGAACAUAAUGUAAAGACCAGAAAACUACAUAAUUUGCAUCGUCAUCUUCAUUACCCACCACUGGUAGGCUGGUAGCUGGCAGGCAGUCCGGUAUUACUAUAUAACCCAUCAGUGGAACCCUAGAAUUGGUAGCUGGUAGAGGUGGUGGGAGUAGUUGUAGCAGAAGAAAUGGCACAAAACAGUAGAUGGUCUCUUCAGGGAAAGACAGCUCUUGUUACCGGUGGAACCAAAGGAAUCGGGUAUGCUAUUGUUGAAGAAUUGGCCGGGCUUGGGGCGACCGUGCACACAUGCUGUCGGAAUGAAGCUGAAUUGAGUGAGUGCUUGCAAGAGUGGGAGGCGAAGGGCUUUCGAGUUACUGGUUCAAUCUGUGACCUUUUGUCUCGACCCCAACGAGAGGAGCUUAUGAACAAAGUUUCCGGUCAAUUUAACGGCAAGCUCGAUAUCUUUAUAAACAAUGCGGGAGCCAACUUAAUGAAACCAUCCGUAGAGUACACAGCUGAAGAUUUCUCAUUCAUCCUGGGCAUCAAUCUUGAAGCUGCUUACCACCUGUGCCAACUUGCACAUCCUCUUCUGCAAGCAUCAGGGGCAGGAAGCAUCAUUCUCCUUUCAUCUACUGCUGGAUCGGUGGCAACGGGAAGUGGCUCUAUUUAUGAAGCAUGUAAAGGAGCAAUAAACCAACUUACUAGAAGUUUGGCAUGUGAGUGGGCAAAGGACAAUAUUAGGACUAAUUCCGUCUCACCCUGGUGGAUCAGAACUCCCGUCCUUGAAUUUGCUUUUGCAAACGAACAGCUUUUGAAAAGUUUAGCUUCGCAAAGUCCUGUUGGACGGUGGGGUGAGCCGAAGGAGGUCUCAUCGAUGGUUGCAUUCCUCUGCCUACCCGCAUCCUCCUACAUAACUGGACAGACAAUUUGUGUUGAUGGAGGUCAGACCUCUAGUGGCUUCCUGCCUCCACGCGCUUAGAAACAGCACAAAACCGAUCUCUCUACUUUCCCUUCUAGUAAGGCCAAUUUCCAAUUUAAUUUUUCCUAGAAUCACAAAAAAUGUAUUAGCCUCGGGACACAGGAAAUAAGUAUGUUGAAAUCGAUAAGCAAUGGCAAAACUACAUUUUUGUGCAA